AUGGCGUGGUGUGACCGCGGGCUGCAGACCCUGCUGGCUAUCGCGGGCUCCUUCGCCGCCUUCAGCCUGAUGAGCGUCGCCAUUGGCACCGACUACUGGCUCUACUCGCGGGCGAACAUCUGCAACUCCACCAACGCCAGCGCGGACGAGCAGAGCAACGCGCAGAGCAAGAGAGUCAAAGGCGACCUGACGCACUCCGGACUGUGGAGGAUCUGCUGCAUGGAAGGUAUUAACAAAGGAAGCUGUUUUCGGAUCAAUCACUUCCCAGAGGAUAAUGACUAUGACACGGACAGUUCCGAGUACAUCUUACGUAUUGUGCGAGCGUCCAGCCUCUUCCCCAUCCUCAGCACCGUGCUGCUGAUGCUGGGCGGCCUGUGUGUUGGCGUUGGACGCAUCUACAGUAGGAAGAACAACAUUCUGCUCAGUGCCGGCAUUCUCUUUGUGGCUGCAGGCCUAAGCAACAUCAUCGGCAUCAUCGUUUACAUCUCCAGUAACGCCGGCGACCCGAGCGACAAGAAAGACGAGGACAAGAAGAACCAAUACAACUAUGGCUGGUCCUUCUACUUUGGCGCCCUCUCCUUCAUCGUGGCAGAAUCCGUGGGUGUCCUGGCGGUCAACAUAUACAUCGAGAAAAACAAAGAGACGCGCUGCCGAGCCAGGCGCGACUUCAUCAAAUCCACCUCCUCGUCUUCGCCUUACACCCGUAUCCCCAGUUACAGCCACCGACGGAGGCGCUCGCGGUCCAGCUCGAGGUCGUCGGACCCGUCGCGCGAGCCCUCCCCGGGAAGGAAGAAGAUGGGGGGAGGAAGGGGUGGAGAGGCGGGGCUGAGGAUGGGCUUGCAGACGGGAGACAUAUCCCUGUACUCCCUGAGCAGGGACCCUCUGAAGGGGAGGGGGCGCUACAGUCCUGAGAGGGACUUUUUACAAGUCCACAACUGCUUCCAGAAAGAUGUGAAAGAUGGCGGCAACAGGAGAACCACGCCCGUUUGAGUAUUGUUGUUGGUAAGCUUGAUAUUGUACAGCAGAUGAUAAAGUUUCCCUCCUGAAGUUGAGCAUACACUGAACUGAAUUGGAAAUGAGUUAUGUAGACACACUGUACAUUUAUGUUGUUGCUGUUCCACUUAAACCCUGUAGAUGGCUCUUAGGCACAUUGUUGCUCAACAAAUACCUCACAUCCUCAAACCAUGGAAAAUGACAGACAUUAUAGCAGGAGUGUCCAAACUUUUUGAUGUGGGGGCUGCAUUGGGCUAAAAAAUGUGGUCGAGGGCCGAAAGCAUGUAAAGUAACUAUAUAUAUAUAUAUAUAUAUAUGUAUACAUAUACAUACACACACACAAGUGUGUGUAUAAGUGUACAUAUUAUAUUAAUAUAAUGGAUAUAUAACUUUUCAUUAAUAUAAUUUGAUAUUAAGAGUAUGUGACUCCUACCUUCUUUACUUCUGUGACAACCCGCCUUAAAGUUGUGUAAUCAAUUAGAAAUAUCAAGCAGCUAAAAUCCGCCAAACAUGGAUAAGUGUGGAAAGUGUUUUACAUUUUUCUCAUCAUGCUUUGUAAUGGAUGUAAUUUUAAAUUUUUUAUGGUGCAUGGCCGUUUUUUUUAAAUAAUAUCCACAAAGUUCAGUGAGCAGGUUGUGUUGUGUGUGAACGUGUCUGUUGACAUUUUGUGUUGGUUGGAAUUUUUUUUUUUUUUUUCACACCAUGACUAGGUAAGGUUGUUUACAUCGGGAUAAAAGUUAAUGCUGCGCAUGCCUCCAUUUAGAGCAGUGGUCACUAACCUUUUUGAACCCAAGAUCCCUAUCUCAGCCAAAAACCAAAGCAAGA